AUGUCUUCCUCUCCUGGCAUCAGGGCUCGGGAGAACGUGGACAUGAUGUAUAUCUCCAUUGAGGCGGCUAUUGCCCUGGCCUCUGUGCUGGGGAACGUGCUGGUGGUGCUGGUGGUGUGUGUGAACCGGGCUCUCCGCGACACCACGUUCUCCUUCAUCGUGUCUCUGGCGGUGGCUGACAUCGCCGUGGGAGUUCUGGUCAUCCCCCUGGCCGUCAUCAUCAGCCUGGGAUUUAACACUGAGUUUUACACCUGCCUCUUCCUCUCCUGCCUGCUGCUCAUCAUCACCCAGAGCUCCAUCCUCUCGCUGCUGGCCAUCGCCAUCGACAGAUAUCUCAGAGUUAAGAUUCCCAUCAGCUACAACACCAUCGUGACCCAGGGGAGAGCCUAUGUGGCAGUCUGCCUGUGUUGGAUCCUCUCCUUCCUCACUGGAUUGGUUCCAAUGAUUGGCUGGAAUAACCGUGAAGCCCAAGGGAACCUCAACACUUCCGGGCAAAUUGUGUGCAAGUUCACCACGGUCAUGAGGAUGGACUACAUGGUGUACUUCAAUUUCUUUGGCUGGGUGGUGGUACCGCUGACCAUAAUGAUCGCUCUGUAUGCCGAGAUCUUCCGGGUGAUCCGCCAGCAGCUUAACCGGCGUGCGGAGGCCACGUGCGAUGGAGAGCGGUACUAUCGGAAAGAGCUGAGGCUGGCCAAGUCCCUGGCCUUGGUGGUCUUCCUCUUUGCCGUGUGUUGGCUGCCGAUACACAUUAUGAACUGCAUCAACUUCUUCUGCCCAAAGUGUGAGAUACCCAAGUCUGCCAUGUAUGUGGGGAUUUUCAUGUCCCACGUGAACUCAGCCCUCAACCCAAUGGUGUAUGCGUUCAGGAUAAAGCGGUUCCGAAUGACACUGGUGCAGAUCACUCGGCGCUGCAUGUUGUGUAAACCUGCAGAGCCCACCCCAUGCCCCAACAGAUCACCAGCCCUGACGAAUGGAUGCAAACCUGUAACGGGGCUGGAAGUUUUCUGA